AUGGUAACUAGCAAUGGGCUCAAGUCCAUCAAGGAUCAUGAAGAUGAGCCAGGUUUCAUACAGCUUCACUCUAUCAUGCCCAAAGCACUCCUCCUGUUGCUGGGUGUUUCCUUGGUGCUAUUUGCGCAUGUACAUGGAGCGACAAUGAGAAAUGAAGAGAAAUGGAAGCCACUCAACAACCCCAGAAACCGAGAUCUAUUUUUCAGAACCCUUCAGGCAUAUUUUAAAGGAAGAGGUCUUGAUCUUGGGAGGUUUCCAAAUACAUUCUCCAUGACUGAGAACCCCAGACCCCUAUCUUUCCAAUCAGAAAUUAUUACUUCUGCAUUUGCAGAUUAUGAAGAACAGAAAAGCCCCUUUCCAAAUUAUCUGAAAGGCUGA